AUGGAAAAAGUAUACUGGAAGUGUCCUGACACUCUGUCACCAAAAGAUGCACUUUCUGUCAUCAGUGCCCUCAUGAGUGGUUUCAGCCUGAUGCUAAAUCUUGGUUUGCUGAUUCUCCUCUUCUUUUUAAAAGGUAGAUCAAGGAUAUUUCUGUUCCAGCUACGUACCCUGAAUGCCUCUGCGGCCCUCUACAGUUUCAUUAGAACCUGUGACGGUGUUAUACCCCGACGACUAUAUUACAUCAAUCCUAUCUUCGCCCCGAUUAUGUGCCACAUAUGGACCAGCAGAUAUCUCGCUGCCGUCACUUACACAUUUGCGGUCCUAAUCCUGAAUUUCACAGUUGGAAACAGAGCAAUUCAGAUUGUCUGCAGAUAUCAGCACUCAUUCUCUACCUCGCUGUUCGCCGAUCUCGCCUACUUGGGUGGAAUGGGCCUAACGAGCAUCAUCUGUAUUAUUCCCCGAGUAUUUAUAAUGCACUGGGAUGGCAAAUAUUGUCUUUGUCGUGAUACAAACUUGUCCUACGAAGCACUUGUGUUUAUCUACAGUGAGGUAUUUGUUCGCUUUGGUCUGACUGCAAUUAUCAGUGUCACCAUCCUGAGCAUCUCCUGUUACAAAAUUAUCGACUGGGUGCGCAACACGCCAGCAGACCAGCUUUCGGACACCUGGAACACUCUGACUCUUCCUGGCACCACAGAGGAGCAGCUGGAGGCCUUCAGCCGACCCCAGGGUUGGUUGACGGCAUCUCUCUGUACUGUACCGCUGUCGGUUAUUUUUCUAACAGUCAGCAUCUACGACACAGGGCAUAAAUUUAUAUGUGCUGUGGGAUUGUGCACAAUAGUGGCCACCUCUCCAUUCUACGUGCUGGAUCGCGUUUUACUUGAGCUUAAUCUAAUCGUCCUACCUAUCGUCAUUAUUAUCUACAUUCCGGUACUGCGGGAGCUUGCUAUGCGUUCCUGCCUACGACUCAUCUCGCUCUGUGUGAGGUCAUGGAAUGCGCCGAUCGAUGAACAGCUGGACAGCCGGAUUCCCUAG